AUUAAAACUAGUGGUUUUUAUUACUUAUGCCGUUAAAAUUGAUAAUUUCCGUUACACACUAAUAAUUUUCAUCAAUGUGUAAUGAAAUGUGUAAUUAUAUAAGAUAUAUGUAACAUUGUCCCUUAAAGUUAUCCUAUGUGCGAGCGACAGUAUCUUUACCGUGACACAAGGGCUGUGGAAGGAGAGUACUUGAUCGGAGUAGGAAGCUAUGACAUGACAGGGCCGGCGGCCGGGGUGAACAUGAUGGGCUACGCCAACAUGGAUCAGAUAUCGGCCGGCAUCCAUUUCCGGUUGAGAGUUAGAAAUUUCAUCGUGGCUGAGAGUUCUCGAGGUCCCAGGUUUGCCUUCAUCAAUCUUGAGGCAAGAAUGGCUUCACAGCUAGUCACCAUUAACGUUCUAAAAAGACUCAUGUUAAGCGCGCGAGACAACCAAAGAUCGACAAUAAAUGAGCUCCUCGUUUUGGAGACCUUAUCAGAUAAGUCAGUGGUGUAUUUUGUGAGGGCCACUGCCAAAUCCUCCUCCGAAUCAAAGAUGCUCACCUUCCUGCCUUCACUUUUCUCGGUUGCCAUCCUUGUGUCUGCAAUCAUCGCCUUCGUUCUCCACCCAUACCCCCUUGAUUUCGUGUCGACAAUAGAAGCCCUUUUGAAAACCGCCAAGCUUGCAAGGGUUUUCAACACUGCUGGCCUUAAGAACAAUGAAGUGUAGUUUGGAGAUUUGUACACUGAAGAAAAUUUGGCGAUUAGUGGUACACAUAUACAUGCAGGGCCUGGAGGAUACUCGCAGUAUCCAAAUGAAGUGCUGAGCACAAAGAUUAUUGGGGAGAGGCAAUUUCAGAAGGCUGUUGAACCAUUUAGUUCUGCCACUAACCAAUUGAUGGGAAAAUUUUAUUAUCGCCAGGUGUAUCUGAACUUGAGUAACAUCGAGGUCGAAUUAGAUGGGAACACCGUGGUCAAGACUUGUCCGGUAGCUCUAGGGGUUUUGCUGCCGGAACUACAUAUGGACCUGGGGUCUUUGGGUUUCAACAAGGUGAUACAAAGGUCUGUAUCUGAUAUUUUGAGCCAUGGAUUUCAAGAUUUCCAUCUGGGUUGGGAUCAGUUUGGUUUAUUGUUUGGAAUUUGGAUGCAGGGAAACUAAUAUAACAUGCUUUCUGGCUUCUACAGUUUAAUGAGUUCUGGAAAAAAAAGUGAGGGAUUUGUU